UGCAGUCAAAGCGCGUUUACUACCCGGGCUCGGAGUCUGAAAGGUGAAGAGCGGGGGGCUUGGGUUCCUCAGAGGAGGAUCGCUUGGUGAGAUUGAGCCUGGGAGGUCGCUGUCGCUGAGGACGGGGUUAAGGAGUCGCUGUGUGAGUAGGAGUGUGUGUGGUGGGAGGUUCUGUCCAUUUCCUGCCGCUCUGACAGACUGACAGCGCUGCCUGCCACCCCACCACCACGCUGUCCGGCGAUGGACAUGGGCAGCUGCAGCCCGGGAUCGCCUCUCUCCCCUCCCUUACUCCCGAGCCCGAGCCAGCAGCCGAUCGCGUUCCGGCGGCAUUCGCCCGGCCGGCCAGCCCUGCCAGCCCCUCAGAGGCCGGCGUGUUGCCGCCGCGGACCGGGCUGUGCGGUGUCCCCCUCCCCCAGCCCAUGGCCAUGGGCCAGGACCAGACCAAGCAGCAGAUCGAGAAGGGCCUGCGCCUCUACCAGUCCAAUGACACAUCCCGGGCGCUGGAGGUGUGGAACCAGGUGCUGCUGAAGAGCACCGACCUGGCGGGGCGGUUUCGGGUUCUAGGCUGCCUCAUCACGGCGCACUCGGAGAUGGGCCGGUACGGCGACAUGCUGAGGCUGGCGUUGGCGCAGACCGAGGCCGCCCGCCAGCUCGGCGCCCCGGACUACGUUACCGAGUCCUACCUCAAUCUGGCCCGCAGCAACGAGAAGCUGUGCGAGUUCGCCAAGACCGUGUCCUACUGCCGGACCUGCCUGAGCACGCAGGGCGGCCGGCUGGGCUUGCAGCUCAACGGGCAGGUCUGCCUCAGCAUGGGCAACGCCUUCCUGGGCCUCAGCGCCUUCCAGAAGGCGCUCGAGUGCUUCGAGAAGGCGCUGCGCUACGCGCACGGCAACGACGACAAGAUGCUGGAGUGCCGCGUCUGCUGCAGCCUCGGCGGAUUCUACGUGCAGCUCAAGGACUACGAGAAGGCGCUGUUUUUCCCCUGCAAGGCGGCCGAGCUGGUGGCCGACUACGGCAAGGGCUGGAGCCUCAAGUACCGCGCCAUGAGCCAGUACCACAUGGCUGCUGCCUACCGCAAACUCGGCCGCCUCGACGACGCCAUGGACUGCUGCGAGGAGUCAAUGAAGAUCGCCCUGCAGCACCAAGACCGCCCGCUCCAGGCCCUGUGCUUGUUGUGUUUUGCUGACAUCCAUCGGCAACGCUCUGAUGUUGAGAAAUCUCUCCCCCGGUAUGAGUCCUCACUCAACAUCAUGACGGACAUUGGUAACCGCGUGGGGCAGGCUCAGGUAUUGCUGGGCAUUGCCAAGUGUUGGCUGAUUGAGAAGAAGAUGGACAAGAGCUUGGGGGUUGUGCAGAAGGCAGAGGAGGUGGCAGAAGGAGUCGGGAAUAAGCUCCUGCUACUGAAGGCACACUGCCUGUGUGAGAUCAUUUAUCGAGCAAAGGGCUCCCAGCAACUUCUCCGAGACCAUGUUGUCAAGUUCCAUGAGUGUAUGGAAGACAUGGAAUUGUACUGUGGAAUGUGCGGCGAGUCGAUUGGUGAUAAGAAUUCUCAGCUCCAGGCUCUCCCAUGUUCCCACCUUUUCCAUCUAAAAUGUGUACAAGCCAGUGCAACGAAGGGUUGCCCGAACUGCAGGCGAUCAUCUGUGAAACCAGGUUAUGUGUGACCAGGACGCUGCGCAAGCAAGAACACAUGGAAUGUGAUUCUUUGUUUUAUUCCUUAGCAACAAGCCAUGGAUUCAGCAUGGAGAAGGCAGCACCAGGAAUUCAGGGAAACAAAAACCCUGUCUUAUCUGUCAGUGAGCUCUCAGCUCUUGAUGGCAGUAGGGUGGACCAGAGAUUGGAAAACAAAACCAUAAUUUUAGUUUGUUGGUCUUUUAGAAGAACACCAGCAGCUCCUUGCAAUGUCUGGUGUCAGAGGGUGUUUGGGGUGUGUGUGUGUGUGUGUGUUUUUUGUGACUGAUACCCAGGUGUGGUUCACCAUGGGAGCAUCUCUCAGCCCCUUUGCCUUCCCUGGCUGAAGGUCCCAAUACUGUGCUCAACAGGUACAUUUAACGUCACAGAACUGUAUACAAUAUACAUCCUGAAAUUCUUUUUCUUCGCAAACAUCCAUGAAAAUAGAGGAGCGCCCCAAAGAAUGAACAACAGUUAAAUGUUAGAACCCAAAGCCCCCCCAGCUCCCCCCUCCCAUGCACGAGCAGCAGCAAGGCAAUGACCCCCCCCUCUAAAUUUUCAGAUGAUUUUAUCAUUGCAUGAGCAGAGAACAGUCCUUUACCCAGUUUUCCUAAAGCAUCAACACGAGGAAAUCUGCAGAUGCUAGAAUUUCAA